ACCAUCCUGCUGGGGGACUCCGGGGUAGGCAAGACCUCCCUGCUGGUGCAGUUUGACACUGGCAAGUUCCAGCCUGGUACCUUCUCCGCUACUGUAGGGAUUGGCUUUACGUACCAUCACUACCACCACAACUACUACCACUACAACUACCACCACUACAACUACCACCACCACCAGCACCGCCACCACCAGCACCGCCACCACCACCAGCACUGCCACCACCACCACGAACAUUACCACUACCACAACUACCACCACCACCACCUCCACAACUACCACAACUACCACAACUACCACCACCACCACCACCACCACCACAACUACCACAACUACCACCACCACUACCACCACAACUUCCUGGCAGGGGAUGUAAGGAAGUCGCUACCAGUAGUUUUUUGUUUGGUUACAUAAAAUACGUUGUUUUUCACUUCGUGUUUCAGGAAAUUAUGUAAAGAAAUAAAAAUUACAUUACUGCAUAAUGAUAUAUAUAUUGUUUUUAUUUUGACAUUUGAUGGACGUAUUGAGAAAGAACAAUGUUUUAUUUUUUAUAAAAACUUGAGGAAAAUUUGGCACUGAUUAUUUCUGUAAUUUUGUGUAUGUUUUAAUGUUUUGUUUUGUUUUAUUUCGUGUUUACGAAGUGGUAAGUGCGAUAAAGUAAGAUAAUUAAACCAUACCACUGGCGGGAUAGAACUCGCGAUCACAGAGUCUUAACACUCCAGACCGACGCGCUAGCCAGACCGCGUUGGUCUGGAAUUUUAGGACUCUGAUCGUGGGUUCUAACCCACCCGUGGUAUGGUUGGUUUUCUAUUGUCAUUACGAGUCCGUGAGUCAAGUAAGAUAAUUGUUUAUAUUUGUCUUUUUCAUUCUGUUCUUACGUUCAAUAAGCCAGUGUUUGACAUUUUAAUUUUUGUUUACGUUCAGGCUUCUUUCAGACUUACCUCUGAGACUGACACCACCACGAGUGCCAGGCCACCAUGCAGGUGCUGGUGUUCUCUUAUUAACUUGACUUGUGCUCACUCGCCUCUCACGAACUGGCAGUGUUUUAUCUUUCCUGUGAACCUUCCUAGUGCAUACACACAUCACACACACACACACACACACACGCACGCACGCACGCACGCACGCACGCACGCACGCACACACACACACACACACACACACACACACACACACACACACACACAUUAUGAGCAUUAAGGGAAGCAAUCUACUCGAAGCGGAAGGCGAGUACAGCGGACAAUCAUCAGACGAGUGCCCUUCCUCUCGUAGAUAUCCAGAGUUCAAGGCAGGGAACGCCAGCGGCGGCAUUGAGAGACCGCAAAUGACUUCCCAGAACGGAGUCAUUACCAUUACCCCGGACACUGACAUACCCCGCAGAGUGGACCUCAGACGGGCCAAGUCCCUGCGUGUAGGCGACACAGAAUACCAACAGAAAAGGUACACAGUUCUCUUUGAUCCUCCUAAUAAAAAUGGCUACGAGGCUAGCAUCGACACUUUUAAUCGACAAGGCCCUCCGAAGCCUCCACGACUACAGAAUCCUGAAGGAGGGGAGGGCGAAGGGCAGCCCGAUGUGGGCAGCCCAAGCAGUGGUUUCAACUCUGUCACCUUCAGGAGGAGCCUGGCCAGCGGGAUAGCGAGGGUGCGCAGCUUUAGCGGUAGAGACUUGCACGACAAGUACGUGGAGAGGACACCGCCUAGGAGCAGCAGCGCCUACGUGCAGUUCCGUGACGAUGAUGGUGACUGGAGGAGACACAGCCUCCACAGGCUCUCCCAGUACGAGACGUGUGACCACACCUUCAAGGUGAUGCUGAUAGGCGACUCGUGUGUGGGUAAGACCUGCCUCCUCACCAGGUUCAAAGAUGGAACCUUUCUCAGCGGUUCCUUCAUCUCAACCAUCGGCAUUGACUUCAGGAACAAGGUGGUGACGGUGGAUGGGUCAAAGGUUAAACUCCAGAUCUGGGACACAGCAGGUCAAGAACGUUUCCGAAGCGUCACCCAUGCUUACUACAGGGAUGCUCAUGCAUUGCUGCUGCUCUACGAUGUAAUGAACAAAAACAGCUACGACAACACCAGAGCGUGGUUGGCAGAGGUCCAUGAGUAUGCCCAGGAUGAUGUAGUUAUCAUGCUUAUAGGCAACAAGUGUGAUGUGAAUGGAGAUCGGGUAGUGAGAAGAGAGGAUGGAGAGCGGCUUGCUAGAGAGUACAACGUGGCCUUCAUGGAGACUUCCGCUAAGACAGGCCUCAAUGUUGACCUUGCUUUCAUGGCCGUUGCCAGAGAGCUGAAGGCGAGGAAAUCCAACAACCCUGGUGAUCGGAAAUUUAAUGUAGCAGAUUACGUCCGUCAAGAAGCUAAGACAGAAGCCUGCGUCUGUAACGUGGGCUAGCUGAACUGUUUUCAGGCCACAAAAACUAAACUAAAAUAUCCAGUUUUUGGAUGUCUUCAGUACCUGUCAGAGGUGCAUCUGCAAGCUGCACACUGCUUUCUUUGGGGGACGUUAUGUGUCCUUAGGCAGUGAUGUGUGUUGCUACAACCCAAAGGUCCCGGUUCAUGGCCUUCCCAGUAUGUCUUAACUUAAUACAGUGCAGGUAGGGAUGGUCAUUGAUAUGUUCUGGGAAAGUGAUGGUGGUGGUAAUAAGAGUGUAGAGAAGAAGAAUCACACAGGUAAUAGAAGGAUUUAUGGUAAUGUUUCCACCUCAGUUGUGAGCAGAUAUAUAUAAUGGAAUUUUGUUCAAAUUUUUGUUGAUAGGAGUUUGUAAGUUUUCACAUUCACGCUUGCGUGUGUGAGUAGUGUCUCGCCCAUUGUCAAUAAAUUAACUUAAAACUAAGGACAUGAAAAAUAAAAUACUAACUUAAGCAAGGAUAUAAUGAGAGGGAUAAUAUAUUUGAGAAUCAGUUUACUAGAUUUACCUAAGCACUGUAGUUUAAAAAUUUAGAGAGUGUAAGAGAUGUCUCAAAGCCAGAAAGUGGUAUAUUCCAGUGUUGGGAAUGAAGUAUUCCAUUGGUUGAAUGUAAUAUGUGCUGUCGUUAAGUUAACCUCAAGUACUGUACUUUACCCAAAUUAUUACUAGUGGUUGACUGUAACAUGUUCAGGACUUAAUCUAGCUUAGUCUGCCAUGAUACAAUGUUCAUUGGUGAAUUUAUUUUGAGGGAUAAAACAAAUGCUAUCUUAAGAAUACAAUUGAAGUAGAGAAAAAUACAGGUAAGCUAAUUAAAAGUGUACAGAAAAUUAGAAAGUAAAAUACUUGAAGGCAGAGUCAUUUGUAAGAAUAUGCAAAAAGGUGAUAGAGCAAAAUGUAACUAAGCAUGACACACACAGAGAUCGAAUAAAAGAGGUAGACUCAAACAUAGAAAAGCAGAUUGCAAAACUAAAGCAAAUAGAACAGGUCAGAAAAAUCACUUGCAGGGCAAACUUAGAUGUCAAAAAGAGCAUUGUAAUUAACCAGAAAUUAUUAAAGAACACUAGGCAGAGACUAAGAAUGUAUUAAUUUUAGGUACAUUGAAGUAAACAAGGACAACAAAUAUGCAUGGUCACAAAAAACGUUUACAUGAAAUAAUGCACGGAAAGAUGCAAAAAGCUAGAGGAAUAGUGUCCUCUGAGAAAUGUUACCAGAGUUCCCCAAGAAUCAGUUAAGUCCCUAAUAAUGCUUCUAAUCUGCAUAAUAAAGAAAAAGGCACAAGUGCAGGGCAAGCAUUCAUUGUCAUGUUUUGCUUGACUUUCUAAAGCUUUCCGAAGAAUGAAAUGUCGCAAUAAAAGCUUUGGAGCUUUAUCAGAUCAAGUAAAAUGUUGCAAUAAAAGCUUGUUCUGCACCUGUAUCUUUAUUUCAUUACUGUUGGCAGUAUGCUUUUGUAUCUGAUCUACAUCAGUUAUUUUCAUGCCAGAAAAAAAAAAAAAAGACAACUGCCUCUUUUAUAAGACAACUUUAGAUAAGUUGAGCAGGUAGAGCAGUAGAUGAAUAAUGCUAUAUAAUAUGGAAUUGUUCCACAAAAUGAAAAUGAGUUAAAGAAUAAAAGUUGUAUGAGAAACAUGGAUGGCAAGACAAGAUGUUGAGUGUGCCGAAUGGAGAAGACAGAGUGUCAGCAUACAAUCACAUGAAUGCUGGACAGGCACUUAGUCAGUACCUGAUCAGUCGGACUGUAGUUCGUAUGUCUGCAUGUGGCCAGCAGUAACAGCCUGGUUGAUCAGGUCCUGAUGCAGCACGAGGCCUGGUCAUGGACCGGGCCAUUGACCCCUAGAACACCCUCCGGAUACAUCAGUGUACAGGGGAGCUUCAAAAUUGCUUGUUAUAUGAGUGAUGAAGUGCCAAAACUCUUAUUUACAACAUGUGCUGAAGCAGUGUUGGAAUAUGCAGCAAGGGGUAUGAUAUGUGCAUAAAAACAAACUAUGUAAUUAAAACAGAAAAGUUUAAGAGACCACAAAAUAGCUUUCAUUGCUAAGAAAUGAGAUGAAGAUUAAAAACAUUGAGAAUGGCCAUAAAAUCAUAACAGGAUAUGGAAAAAUUUAUACAUAUAUGACUAGCACCAUCAAAAAAAUAACGAAAGAUCACAUUUUUAACCUGAGGGAAAAGAUGAUGAACUACUCUAAGGAUAUAAAAGAGGAGGCAGUAAAUUCUAGAAUCACUGUAAUAUUUAACCCUGAAACGAUCCAAAUGUAUAUAUACGUUCUCUCGCGUAGCGCCCCGAAUAUUUUGAGAAAAAAAAAAUAGUUUUUAUAGAAAAAAAGAGCAUGUGGUACCCAGGUGUCCCCAAUUUUUUUCAUAUGGGGCACACUGAGUGCGCACACCCAUUCUCUCAUGUCUAGGUGACUCGGGCCUAUCGUGCCAAUGUUGAAUGAAUGGCAAAUGAAACAUAUAUAUACGUUUGUGGCACUACACGAGAGAACAUAUAAAUACGUUUGGACCGUUUAAGGGGGUUAAGAAAUUAUAUGGCACAAUAAUUAGCAAAGACAGUACACCCUACACUACAAUUUAUAACACACUCAAAGCUGAAGAAGGAUGCAACAAGCUUCUGCUCUUGAAACUAAAAAUAAAUAAUUGCGCACAAUUAAAAGUCCCUAGAUACCUAGGGUACACUGUACUUGCCUAUUUGUGGUUGCAGGGGUCAAGACACAGCUCCUGUGUGCGCACAUGCGCCUAAUUAUGGAUGCAGGGAUAGAGUCAUAGCUCGUGUGUUUGUGUGUCUGUUUGUCUUUUUAUUUACACAUUUAUUUAUUUACACUUUAUUUGCACAUUUAUUUAUUUACACACAUGCAUGCAUGCAUGCAUGCAUGCACGCACACACACACACACACACACACAACACCACAC